CGCAUCACAGUGACGCUGUUCUUAUGUUUGCGAUCACUGACUACCUUGCAGAAAGUGUGAUGAUCGGUGUCUGAAGAAGAACUCCAUUUCAUCGAAGACGACAUGAAAGAUGUCUAUAAUGAUCCGGGAGCGUGCUUUUAGCUUUGUAGAUACGUAUUUGGCACCACUGUGCAUAUUCGAAUUUACCCUGCAAUAGAGAGGUGGGAGGAACUCAUGAGAUACCUCGUAUGUCUCAGAACACAAAAAGAUCCAAGAUUAAUCACGAAGAGGGACGCAAUGUACUUGUAUGUCGGCCGUGGGAGAUGAGCCAUAGGCGCGAACGAUGGGUGAUCUACUACGAAGGCGGUGAUCUACUAACAAACGACGGUACCUUGUAUUGUAAAAUCAUAUUCUUUUGAGAUGAAC